UAGGAAGUGCAGUGUACAGGCUUCCUGUAUAAUUACAUGCUGCACUCCCUGAGAUACCGCACACAAGCUGUGACGUGCUCUCAAAAUAAUGGCAACUUGCUUCCAAUAGACGGAGGGCGGGGAUUUUACCUCGGUGCACACUGUGCACGGGAAGGUACAGAGCAGGGCACGAAGGAGAAGGCUUCUUCGGUAAUGGAUUUGUAGACUCUUCCCAGGCUCCUCUGUGCGGAGAGGAGGGGGCGCAGCUGUCGGAGGACACCCUAUUGCUAUUCUAAGUACGAAGUGGUAAAGAUGUUGACUGCUUAAGACAAGCAUGGCUACCACUGGUAAAAUCUGUCAUCAUGCCAUGAGGAGUGGCAAUUCAGCUCCUGGAGAACUGGCUCUGGAACCUCUGAUUAUGUGCAAGCUGUGCCUCUGUGAACAUCCUCUUGAUAUGAUGACCACCCUCCGAGAGUGCAGCUGUCUCUUCUGCACAAUGUGCCUCCGGCAGUAUGUACAGUUGGCAGUUCGUGAAGGAUUUGGUUCUCCUAUCACUUGCCCAGACAUGGUGUGCUCAAACCGGGGGUUCCUUCAGGAAGCAGAGAUUGCUUGCUUAGUACCCGUUGAACAGCUUCAUUUGUAUCAGCGGUUAAAACUUGAACGAGAAGUUCACCUUGACCCUUGCCGAACGUGGUGCCCUACUGCAGACUGCCAAACUGUAUGCCAGGUUGAGUUGGGUGAUUCUGGUUUGCCUGUAUCAGUGGACUGCCACGUUUGCCAUAUAACAUUUUGUUCUGCAUGCAAAAGGACCUGGCACCUUGAGCACGUGUGUCAAGAAAAGCAGCAAGUAGCUGUACAACCUGAAAAAGGAGUCCUUGUUAGUACAGAUGUAGAUGCUUGUAUCAAGCAGUGUCCUGUUUGUCGUAUUUAUAUUGAGAGGAAUGAAGGCUGCGCACAAAUGAUGUGCAAAAACUGCAAACACACAUUCUGUUGGUACUGCUUACAAAACCUUGAUAAUGAUAUUUUUCUACGGCACUAUGACAAAGGUCCCUGCAGGAACAAACUGGGACAUUCUAGAGCAUCAGUUAUGUGGAACCGGACACAGGUUGUGGGUAUCCUUGUUGGCCUCGGUAUCAUUGCAAUUGUGACAUCACCUUUACUACUUCUAGCGUCACCGUGCAUAAUCUGCUGUGUCUGCAAAUCCUGCAAAGGAAAGAAGAAAAAGCAUGCUCCAUCGCCAACGACUUAAUCCGGACAGAACUGUUAGCUUUUUAUUCUUCAUGCACUUGUGAUAUGGAUGAGCAGCUUUGUAUAGGCUCAAGAAAUAUAAUCGACAAACUGUUAUUUUUGAGCAUUUUACUCAAUAUACUGUUUGUUUUUUAAGCAAUUUUAUAUAAUAUACACUGUAUUGACAUUUUAUGCUAUAUUUCUCUUUAGUUCUGUAGUGUAUCUAUAUAAAUCUAUUUAUAUUUCAAAAAGGGAAAUGAAACCUAAGCGCUGUCACCAUUCCUGUUGUGUCAAUUUUAGUAAAUACUUGUAUUUCCCAUAAAACAACAAUUCUGGAAAAAA